CUCUCUCUCUCUCUCUCUCUCUCUCGGUUUUGAACUAAUUCACUCUCUAAACAGGCAUACAAGCCCCCGUCUCUGACUCGCAAAUAUACGCGACGUCGCCGUCUCGAACCUGCUCUAGAUCUCUCUCUCUUUGAAGAAGUAGAAAAAACUUCGUCUUGCACUGGUCGACCAUGGAGUUCUCUGGCCUUUGCAACCUAGUUGUCUAAUCACUCUUAGUCUCCUUGUUCGGUUUUGGCAUUGCGAGUUUUGAAACUGUUGCAUGCCGUACGAAGAAGUUCCUUGGGUUGAUCAUCAACUUUUCAGGGCUCAAGUCUUCAUCUGGAAAAUCUUGUUGUUAAUAUAAUUUGUGAUAUAUAAUCAUGAGCUACGAAGAUAAGAAGUUUGGGAGGGACGUAUGCAAGGAUAUUGAGAGGCAAGGUCCCAAGAAUGAUGGCAUUCAUUCAGAAAUGGCAAUUGGGGCGCUGGUCAUGCACCCUUCGAUGAGGAAAAUUAUUUCAGAGAUGUCGCCGUGGUGGUUCCAUUGGGAUGUGGCGUUUUUAGUGGUGCGCGUAGUUGCAGUAGCAGUGGACCCUUUGUUCUUAUAUCUUCCUGUCAUCAACGAGGCUACCAAAUGCAUUACCAUAGAUAACAAAUUGAAAAUCAUUGCUAUUUGUGUGCGAUCGCUUCUGGAUUUGAUUGCUUUCUGGGAGUUGGUUCCUUCGAGAAGGGGUUACACGUGGUUCGACUACGUAAGUAAUAUUCUCGGUAUUCUUCCAUUCCCCCAGGUGCUACUGCCAAUAAUUCCUAAAAUGAGCGGUUCAAAAUUUCGGAUCUUAAGGAAAUUCCUAAAUGCAGUUGUAUUUUUGCAAUAUGGGCCAAGAAUUUUCAGUAUCUAUAGAUUGUGGAGAAAAGUCAACCAGACUAUAUUCUCACCUACACCUACUGCUCUUACUGUUGAAGUGAAUGGAAGGUGCAAGAAUAGAAUCCCACCUAAAGCUUUAAUUAUAGUGAUGAAAAGUUCAUUGAAUCUCUAUCUGUAUCUCGUUGCUAGUCAUGUACUGGGUGCUUUUUGGUACUUCUUCUCCAUCGAACGAGAGACCACAUGCUGGCAGUUGGCCUGUGAGCAUGAUAUUGGAUGUAGCAAGACUACUUCUUUAGACUGUGAUGAUGGUUUUGGAAAUUACACGUUUUUAAAUGAUUAUUGCUCUAUAGAAAAACCAAAUACCACUCUCUUUGAUUUUGGAAUAUUCCAAGAAACCCGUCAAUCCGGUAUACUGGUGUCCAUGGAUUUUUUGCAAAAGACCAUGUUCUGUUUCUGGUGGGGCUUGCGAAAUUUGAGUUCACUUGGUCAAAACCUUGUAACAACUCCUGAUUUUUGGGAAAACUGCUUCACAGUUUUAAUCUCAAUCUUUGGCUUGCUUCUGUUUUUAUACUUCAUCGGAAAUUUGCAGGUGUACAUGGAGUGGCAGGCAUCUAAGGAGUUGGAGGAGUACUUAUCUAAGCGGUCGGAGGAGUUAUCUAAGCGGUCGAAGGAAGCGGAGGAAACUAAGGUGCUUGCUACGAUAUCUAAGUGGUUGGAGGAAACAAAGCGGUUGGAGGAAACUAAGUGGUGGGAGACGGCUAAGUUGUACCACUCGAAACAUAUGGAUGGGGAGGAUAAGGCAAACAUCAUGAGAACUAAAUUACAUAGCAUCGAGGGUUGGAUUAGCACAAUCGGACUCCCUGAUCAGUUAAAAGACAUAAUCAUCAGCUAUGUGACACCAAUACUGGAAGAUCAAAAGAAUGUUAUUGAUACAGAGAAUCCAUUCCCUCAUCCUCCCACACCACAUAGAAGAUUGAUUAAGCUCCAUCUCUGCUUGCCCCUGCUAAGGACAGUACCAAUAUUCCGAAACGAAAGUGAAGAAUUGUUGUAUGAGAUCAUUUGUAAGUUUUUCAAGCAAGUGCAGUACAAUGAAAAUAGCUACAUUGUACGAGAGCGAGAACCACUGGAUGUGAUGAUCUUCGUGGUGAAAGGAAUUGUGUGGACUUAUACGAGUAAUCAUGGUGAUAAAACUGAGUGUCUUAAGAAAGGUGACCACUUCGGAAGAGAUAUUGUAGAAUGGGCGCUAAAAUCUCCCGGACUAUCCGACCUUCCCUUAUCGACAAGGACUCUCAAAUGUCAUACAAAAGUUGAAACUUUUUGUCUUAAGGCUGGCGACCUCAAUCCAGCCCUCAAGGAUAUCAUGUCUCAAUACUGCAGCAACGUCAGCCACAUCACCCAGUCUGACUCGAAAUAGUUGAAACAUUUUGCAACUUAAUUCAUCCAUCCAAACAGCAUGGCGCCGCAACGCCAUCCAUCCUCAUUAAGCGAAUGAGGUUACCAAUUCUGCCCAUGCAG